UGAUGUCGCAUCAGUCGGGUUUCUGCGCUUGCCGGUGUUGGGUGUGUUACUCUCGACUCGAGUUCACGUAACAUAAUUUUUUUUUAACAAUAAUUUCGUAAUAUUAAAAAGUGUAACUUUAUACUUUGUUAUAUAAAUAAAUAAAUUAAGUGUAGGCUAAUUUUAGUGUAUAGCAAUUUUAGUGUGAUUUUUUAAAUAAUUAUUUAAACAAUUUAAUCGAGCUCAUUCCAAAUAUGGCUAAGACAGAGAAGUCGUUCCCAAGAAACUUUACAGGUUGCCUAACAUGCGUCCAAGUACUGAACAUAAUGGUACUUCUGGGCUUCAUGUUGAACUACGCGUUGAGAGUCAACCUGACCAUCGCCAUCGUAGAAAUGAUCUAUGACAACAAGACGGAUGCACUCGCCAUGGUUACCAACAUUACGGACACCAAUACCACAAACGUCACACAGCACCCGGAACACAUCGAGCAAACCCGCUACCACUGGGACACGAAACAGAAAAACCACCUCCUGGGCUCCUUCUUCUGGGGCUACGUACUUACAGAAGUACCAGGUGGCCGUCUAGCUGAAGUUAUAGGCGCGCGACGGGUCUUCGGUUAUAGCACUCUGUUAGCUAGUAUCCUAACCCUGUUGUCGCCCGCCGCCGCCUCAGCUGGUUUCGGUUGGAUCGUGGCUCUGAGAGUCCUUCUCGGAUUCUUCCUGGGAGCCACAUGGCCAGCCAUACUGCCCAUGGCGUCCAAAUGGAUCCCGCCUAUGGACAGAUCGAAAUUCAUGUCGAACAUGAUGGCGUCGUCCCUGGGCGCGGCCAUCACGAUGCCCAUCUGCGGUUUCCUUAUCGCGCACUUCGGAUGGGAGUCAGCGUUUUAUUUCACUGGUAUAAUCGGUGUGAUGUGGUCCAUGGCGUGGUUCGCCGUGGUCUACGACUCGCCCCACCAACACCCUCGCAUCACCGACGCCGAGAGGAACGCGCUCAUGAAGGCGCUGCCUCAGGACACCAGCCAGCCCAACCAGCCAGUUCCGUGGAGGUCGCUGCUGACGUCACCUCCGGUGUGGGCCAUCGUGGUCACGCACGGCGCCUCGGUGUUCGGAUACUUCACCGUGGUCAACCAGCUGCCCACGUACAUAGAGUCCAUACUGCACUACGACAUCAAGCACAACGGCCUGCUGUCAUCUCUGCCGUACCUGGGCAAGUACCUGUGCGCCCUAGCCUCGUCCGUGUUGGCGGACUCGUUGAGACGAAGUGGAAAGCUCUCCACGACUGCAGCUAGGAAGCUCUUCACUGGGUUCGCUGUGGGUCUACCUGGUGUGAUGAUGGUGAUGCAGGCGUACUUCGGCUACGAGCGCGUGUGGUCGAUCGCCAUAUUCACAGCUGCCCUUACCAUCAACGGCGCUGUGACGGCUGGUUACCUCGGGAAUGGACUUGAUAUCGCGCCCAAAUUUAGCGGCACUAUCUUCGGUAUAGCAAACACUCUAUCUUCAUUCGGUGGCUGGCUCUCCACUUUCAUGGUCGGAGAACUCACUAAGCACGAGAACACGUACGAGCAAUGGCAGAUAGUGUUCUUUAUCCUGGCGGGGACGUACGCGUGCGGGGCGCUGGUGUUCCUCAUGUUCGGCUCCGGGGAGCUGCAGCCCUGGAGCAAGCCGGUCGUUAAAGAACUCACUCCAUUGAGAGAGCAACAGGCUUAGUUUACGUUCAGUACACGCUAGCGCCAUCUCUCGGUGGCGAGAAUGAACAACUUACUGGAUACAGCGCCAUCUAGUGGUUGUUAGUAAAACUAAACAAUCCGACCCACUACCAUUGAUGGUUAGAUAAAACGUUUUGACUUUAUACUCAUUGGAACUACAAUCUUCCUCUCCUGACUUUGCGUUACUUCUGGUAACAAUCUAAAUCUUAAUGCUACAGUUAGAUGUAUAGCAGUUUUUGAAUUUGAAUUAAUUUUUCUCUUAACACAAAGUUCUUUGUCUCUUACUAACAUCCGAUGUUCCACAGUAACAUUCGUUAUUUUCUUUGGGGGUAUUCUUACAUUAAAAAUAUGCAUUUUAUCAAAUACAAAAUUUUUAUGAAUUUUGUUACAACGUAAAUGUAUACAAGUCUGAAAAUUAUACUAGACUGUGUAUAUGAUGUAGAGUGUACAACCAAUCACACAGAGCCCAGCUUACAUUAUAUGUACGUCGCAGCUAGGGACGAAUCUCAGUAGUGUCUAAUAAAGUCCACAUAAUGAAUUCGUAUGUCUGAAGCUGGGGACGCUGAGGAAAAGAUAAACAAAAAAUAACAAAAAAAGACUGCUUAGGAUGGAUUGUGAUGUGUCCGGCCGCGUUGAUUCAUGAAUCACAAGGAAACCCGACUCAUAUGAUUAGUUUUAAUAUAGAAGUCUCGUAGUCCAAGGAGCCUGUCGCUAACAAUCUGCUCCACAUUCUGUCAUCUACGCCAUGUUUAUUUAACAUUGAUUUAUAAUCUUAAAUUUUUUUAUACAUUAUAAUCUUUUAUAAAUCUCAAUCCGGGACCAAAGUUCAUAGCUUCAAACUGCGGGACUUCUUGUAGCGAUUAGUUAAGUAUUUUUAAAUAGUACGUAU